CCUAUUCGAACCGACGAUCUGAUCCUUUCUGUACAUGAUUCGAUUUCAUAGCGGCAGUAGUGAAAGGGCUAUCGCAAUUAUGUUCGACGAGCAAUUGGUCUUCGGUCUUCUUAAUGUGCGAAUGCGAUAUGCCAAGCUACAUCGUGCCCCUCAGUUCCCAGCAGUACGUGCCAACAGAAAAGGCAUAGCAGUACCUAGUAGGUAGAAAGGUCUCAUGUAAGGUUCUACCAGACAUACGAGUCGGAGAGUCAAGGAAGUGCGCGCGACAACGAAAACUGUUAUUUCUUACAUGAUGGUGGUACAGAAUCAUAUGUAUAAUCUAGAUAAGGUAUUUAGACUGCUCCUUUUCCUUUCCGACUUUUCCAUUUUGAUUAUUGUUAUUGCCAAACUGCGUGCCUGAAUCCUAAAGAAAGCUAUUGUUCCAAAGGCACCAAUACAAUAAACCUUCUUUGAAAAUAUUACUCAAUCUUCGUCAUCUUUUCCCCUUGAUUUCUUAUCAAUAUUUCGAUUUCGUACCUGCAUGGAAAUCGCGUUUAAUCGCACAUAUUCAGCCUCAAUAUAAAUUUGCGUCCUUCACAGAGAACAGGCAUUUCGACUCUGUGUAUUAACCUUCAUUUAAAGGCGAUAUACUUCGCAGCGUUAAAGUAUCAAACGGCUACGGUAUUGUCAGCUCUCACACUUGCGAUAGACCAUUGCGAGUGAGGGCUGGUCUAUACAGGCCAUUGAGGCACGAAUAACAAGCAUUGCCCGAAAACAGUCUUACCCAAAAAUUCGCCGUCGUUGCGUAUCUCAUGUUUGGACAUUGAGUGAGUUUGAUGCUAUACCACAGGAAAUUCGGAGAAGGUUUCAGGCUAACACUACCAUAGCAGUGAAAAUUCUCUCUGAUACCUCAAUCGAAAUCCCCGGAUCUCUGAACAAAGUAGAUAACCUUUACUCAUCUUCAACAAGUUAUCUCUCAGGAUAGCUUCACAAGAUGACCAGGAUGGCAUCCACGACUGCGCUACCUCUCAUGACGACAGUCCCUUCCUCUGAUCCAGAACACCCAGUACGACCUUCCGUAGCUAAAAAAUUACAGGAAAAUGGCGUCAAUGUCUCGAAUUCAAAACAAACACAAAAGCCUUUAAAUGACCUUAAAUAUCCAUCGUCUUUGAAAAUAGCGUUAGAAACGGCCGCCAGGAACCGACGAGAUUCUUUGGAUGUAUCGGAGAGUGAUAGUUUGGAAGACUAUGAUACUUUGAAGCCAGAUCCGAUGUCCAUUAUUACAGGAGGGAAGGGCGGCGGCCUCCAUACAGAUACCGAAACAGCGACAAAGAUUACCACUCCACAGACAGUGUAUGCGGAAUUGAAGAUUCCGUCCCAACAGUUACGGAAGGGCAUGACAAGGCGCAAAAGCAUUCCAGUGACUCUCAAGAAGCUCCAGAAGAGCGGUGGAAGGCAUUAUACUUUCGAGACAGAUAAUGAUGAACUACGAGAUCUUCUAAAAGAUACUGUCGCGCAUUAUUCUCACGACAACACACCAGGAGAACCGAAGCAGAGAAGCAAGUUUAGUGACCGUAAGCUGUUCCCAAUCUUGAAUAUUUCAGGGCGAAAGUGUUUCAGAUGGGGAAUUGCGCAGGAAGAAUAUAUUUGCUAAUUGAUUUGAACAGUGGUAUUCACUAAAAAGUUCACUGCUUUUGAUCGGCACAAUAAAAUUAUUGCUGAAUCACCUUUCCAUGGUUUUCUAACACUAGCCUGGCUGGCGUUCGUCGUUUUUGUACUCCAACUUGCCUUCGCGAAUUGGCGAACUCAUGGAAAUAUACUUGGAACGAAUGAGAUUAUGGAAAUGAUGUUCCAUCGGGACGUCAUAGUUCUUGGUCUGUCCGAUGGUGUAAUGUGCUUUUCUACCGGGUUUGGACUUAUUCUGCAAAAACUUAUAUAUCGAGGAUAUAUUAGCUGGAAUAGAGAGGGCUGGAUCAUUCAAAGUGUAGGUCUACUCUUCGGCUAAUUUAUGAGAAAAGAAUAACUUACUGAACGUGACUUCAUUAUAGGCAUGGGAACUAUUAUACAUUGCUUUGGUGGUGAGCUGGACACUGUUUCGCGAGUGGCCAUGGACACACACCGUAAGUGACCAACAUGUUAAACUAAUCCUGUUCUAUAAGUGGUCCGAGAUCCCAAGACUCUUAGACCAUCCCAGAAUUGUUCAUCUUUUUUGUACUCCCUGUUCAGAUUCGCUUACAGCAUCUCUUUGGGCAGGUCUUUUUCGUUCUCCACGGACUCGUCAUGUUGAUGAAACAACAUUCUUAUGCUUUUUACAAUGGUUACCUAUCUGAGGAAUACCAGAGUCGUUUAAAACUUCAGCGUAAAUUGAAACAGCUCGACAGUAUUUCGCCAGUCCAGACACCUUCUGCGACAAACCCGGCCGCUGCCUCAUUAUCUACCUCGUAUCUAGACGCCAGGCCAACAUCCGAUGACGUUCAUCAGAGAAACUCCCAGCGAAGGCAUUCUAUUAUGGAGUCUACUAUCGAUCAAGUAGCAGCUGCAGUCGAUUCCGGGGAGCCACUUGACCUUGAUCAAAUCCAGACGUUUGCGCGAAUCCUUAAAUGGGAAAUCGAUUUUUUGAGCAAAGAACUGGAAGGAAAAUGUACGGCUACCAAAAAUCAGUACCCAAGUAAUCUCACUUCCGCCAACCAUUACGAGUACAUUGUUCUCCCGACUUUGGUCUAUGAGUUGGAAUAUCCUCGAUCCGAUAACAUCGACUGGUACAACGUUGCCGAGAAAACCAUUGCGACGGCUGGUCUUUUGAUUGUCAUGAAUUUAAUUUCGCAAACCUAUAUCUAUCCUAUCGUAGUUCAAACGAUAAGGAUGAAAGAAUCCGAUAUGACACCUUACGAACGUCUCUGUCAUUUUCCGGGUAUCGUUAGCGAUCUAGCCUUUCCUUUCCUUGCCGAGUACAUUCUAGUGAGUUGAAACACAUUUAAAUUCUUGUUACUUCUACUAAUCUUCCGUCAGACGUGGUAUGUAAUUUGGGAAUGCAUUCUCAAUCUCCUUGCUGAGUUGACCUGCUACGCCGAUCGAGGUUUCUACGAGGCUUGGUGGAACUCUGUUUCUUGGGAUCAAUUCGCACGCGAUUGGAAUCGGCCAGUUCACAACUUCCUCCUGCGACACGUUUAUCACUCCUCAAUCUCUAGUUUGAAGGUCAACAAGAAGACGGCCACCCUCAUUACUUUCUUCCUAAGCUCAUGUGUACAUGAGCUUGUUAUGUGGUGUAUUUUCAAGAAACUUCGUGGAUAUCUACUAGUUCUACAAAUGUGCCAGAUUCCGCUGACCAUAAUGAGCCAAACGAAGUGGAUGAAAGGUAAAAAGAUUUUGGGUAAUGUGCUGUUCUGGAUAGGUAUAUUCACGGGACCGAGUCUUCUGUGUAGUCUCUAUUUGAUCAUCUAGAUACACUUGGCCCAGCUUUGUACGUUCGAUACUAUUUACUAUUUGGCUUGUGGGUUAUUAGCGGGCGUUUUAGGAAUCUCUCAACUUUGAUAUCACGGCAUUGAGGAAAGCUUUGCUACAGCAGUAAAAGGGCGAUUAAUAGAUUAUAACUUAUAGAGCGCACGUCAGCAUGUUUAUAUAUAUUAUGGGUUUUAAAUUCAAGAAUAGUAUAGGGAUUCAUGGGUC